AUGGCAUUGCUUUUGAGUGUUGCCUGUGUGUGUGUGGCGUCUAAAGAGGAAGAACGUACAUGUUCUGAUCCCCCAACUGUUUCUGAUGAUGGUAGUGGUUGUGAUGCAGGCAAGAAGGGCUCCAAGAGUGAUAAUGAAACUGACGUAGCAAAAGCUAAUCCUCUUGGGUGCCCAGACCCUUCAGGCAAUGAGAAGUGCCCAACCGAAAAGGAUAGGGAAAGUGAAGGUGAUUGCCCUCAAGGUUCUAAAACUUCUUGUCCACAACCUAAAGAUUUGAAGGAAUCCACUCUCACUCCAUCAAUGGGACCUGUUCUACCUGGUGGACAGCUUAGUCCUGGCGAAAGAGGAACUGCACCUGGUGCUGGUGUUGGAGGAAGUGGAAUGGGAGAACCAGGUGAUCCUGCAAAACUGUCAUCACAACUACAAGAACAACAACUUCAAGGAGUAAAAUCUGAAGGUGAUCGUAAUAAACGACAGCCCGACGCAACUGAAAACGGGGAUAGGGAUGAAAACUCUGCAUUGAAACAACAGGGUAAAGAAGUACUUCAUCAAACAGCAAGAGACCAAUCAGUUAUUACGAAACCUUCCCUUGUCGCACACCAAUCCGCUACUCAAGAAAUUGCUGGACCCCAAAGUCCUACAGUUACUACUUCUACUCCUACUACUACUGGUAGUGCUGCUGAUCCUGUUGGUACGUCGUCAGAAAAACAGACACUUGAAGUACAACGUGGG